CCUCAACCUCGCGGAAGCCCCCCCAUCAGUGCAGCGGUAUUGUCAACCACAUUUUCAUCAACGAACGCGCUCUACAACCCCCAUAAUCCAUCACAUUGGCGACACUCGUGAACAACGGAUGUCGGCCACCGUUCGGCGGUCCUCAUAUGUCCCUCGACGGUCAUCGUGAUGCAUUACUUAGGGAGAAGCGAAACGAGAGCGUGACGUGCAAUGAGUCCCGCAAGCGCAAGCUGCGUGAGCUUUACAAGCAUACGGUCUACCUGGACGUGCCCGACAAGUGGGCCACCAAUACCCAACUGGACCAACUUGAGGGUCGAUUCUUAGAUGAAAAUGACAUCGAAAGAGGUCGACGCUUCAACGAUGCAACGCUCCCAUUCCCCUUCUCUGGACAGCAACCACCUUUGCCGUCGACACUACCCUUUGCGCAUCCUGGAAAGCCUGCAUUAUCCUCGUUUGCAAAUUCAUCGCCAUCUCCCAUCACUGGCGCCAGCCUAGAAGAGCAACUACGCGCAGCAUCUGCCUCACCGUCGGUUGUCACGCAACCACUGCCACCUCCAGAUGUACUAACGCACAGCGACGAGAGCCGUUCCUCGAGGCUGUCUUCGAUCGCUCCCCCUGCAGGCAUCCCACCGCCCUCUAGGCUGUCUGUUGCAGAAGAGCGAGAGCCCGGCAAGGCCUCCACCGCGGCGCAGCGCAUCGCCGAAGCGUCGGCUGUCCAGGAUGUCGGAGUAGGUGUAGUUGACCAAGAAGGAUGUUCUGUCGAUCCAAAGUCCGUUGCCGAUCCUGCUGUGGAGGAUGCAUUGAAUGCUAGUGUGUUAGAAGAGAAGUGUAGGGCACCUCAAGUUGUUCACCUUCCACCGAAGGAGGUCCAGGAAGCACGGCUGCAAGAGACGGAGCGGAAGUUGAAGAACGCCGUGAACAAGGAGCGGACGGAGGAGGAGCGACUUGCGAUACCACAGACCAACGGCUCGGCGGAUGUGGUCUCUUCACCCUCUUCCACAGUCGGACCAUAUUCACAGGCAACGCCGCAUGCGCCGCACCACUCUCCCGAUACCAGCCCCGAUACUGAAGCUUUCCAUGAUCCUACCCACCCUCUUGUGUCUAACGACGACAUCCUGGAUCCUGCGGCACAGCAAGUGAAGGAGGAUCAUGAGCGUGCUUUGCAAAAACAUAUGAAGGAAGCUCGAGAACGCGCACGCGGACCCGAUUCACCAACUUCAGACGUCGAAAAGCAGAUCGAAGAUGAGCAGGCAAUACGCUUAGCGCGAGACGGAAAGAGUCGUCUUAGCGAAUCGACGGGCAACACAGGUCAAUCGAUGACACAAGAAGCUGAGCAGGUCACCAGUGAAAGUGCUGUCGCGCAUGGAGCGCGGGAUCAACCUGAGCUUGCUGCGGACUCGCUUCCUACGCCAACCACGACUGCUCCUGAGCCAUCUAUUGUGGACCGCGAAAGUACAGAGAACGUUGUUGGGCGCCUCAAGGAGAAUCCGAUUGCGGACCAUCCUACACCUCCUGCAGAUGUCGACCUUGACAUGGCUGAAGCGCCGGCAUUAGUUCAACAGGAGACCACGUCUACGCAGACCUCACCGCGCCGUGAACGCAUGACAACUCGAGUGUCAUCAGGAGCCAUUCGACAGAAGUCGGUCUCAGAGAUCAUCAGCGAGCAUGCAGCGCACAAAGCAGUCCUGACUCCCCAGUCGAGCACCUUGUCUAGUCCGCAGCGCCCCCGACAGCAGGACCGAAAGUCUAUGGAGGUCUCAACAGUGGUCUUCGCAAAGAAGAACCCCAUCAAGUCCCACAAAGCGAUGCAAACUUACGAUCAAGACUACGCAUCGUUGCAGGGGGCGUCCGAGGACUCGAGCCGUGACUACCUGGAAGGCUUGUUUAAGUUCCAAGCUCACCACCCACCACGAUCUGUACCUUUGCAGGAACUCGUGACGUCUGCUCGAAAGACGCUUUCUACUGCCGGCACACUUGCCAUGAUCCGCGAGAAUCAAGAUUACAAGAUACUUAAGAGGGUCUAUCAGCUCCAAAACGCGAAUCGAUGGUCUUUGCGGCAGCUGCAGAAGUCUGCUGAGCCAGAGCGUCCUUUCACACACCAGGAUCAGCUGCUUCUAGAGAUGAAGUGGAUGCAGACAGAUUUUAGUGAGGAAAGGAAGUGGAAGCGUGCUCUUGCAGCAACUUUUGCCGACUGGUGCGCUGAGUAUGUUCACAGCAACUCGGAGGAGCGUAUAGCCCUUCGGGCCAAGGUCAGCAUUCCCAAGUCGACAUCGGUAACGACUGCCGACGACGACAUGCACGAUGCUCCUACACCCGAUCUUGUGCCCUCUGGCGCACACGAAACCGAGAGUGAAUCGUACGCAGAUGAAGACGAGCUCCUGACGCCUUUCCAUGCCGACCCUCCCGCUGGUGUGUUUUCUCUUGGCUUCAAUGAUGUCGUCAUGAAGAUCGAUCGCACUCCGGCCAGCGAUCACAUGUUCCGCGAAUUACCGUUCUACGAACCUAUGCUCGAGGGUGCUAGCGAUGUUACACCUUUUUCGAUAUCCGAGCCACCCAUCUUACCUGUCUCGAAGUUUGUUACUGGUAAAUUAGUCUCGCAGAUCAAAGGUCCGCCAAAAAAACGCAGCAGAUACGACUAUGAUUCCGAGGAUGAGCCUUCUACGCCGCCCAGCCGGGCCGGUACCUCUGCAGAGCACUCGAUGCCUUCCACUCCAGGACGAAGGUUGUUCUGCCGGAAUGAUCUACCUCCUGAGAUGACCGAUGUUGCACUGUUCAAUGCCGAGAACAAGCACGUUCGAGACAGACUACAGGCAGCGCACCAGUUUAGGCCACCCACCGAGUUCAACAUGCCUUCAGUAGCUUUCUUUGAGAACAGAACUCCUUCCCAGUGGCUAUGGGAAGAAGAUCAGAAGCUCCGCGCUCUCGUCAAGGAGUACACCUUCAACUGGUCUCUGGUUGCCCAACAGUUAGCGUUGCCAUCCAAGUUCACAUCAGGAUCCGGUCGCCGUACACCUUGGGAAUGUUUCGAGCGUUGGGUGCAACUGGAAGGUCUACCCGCAGAGAUGUCCAAGACGCAGUACUUCCGCACAUACCAAGGUCGACUGGAGCAGGCCAACAAGGUUGUCUUUGCCCAAUACCAAGCUCAGCAACAGCAGCAGCAACAACAGUCUGUCGGACAAACGCCAGGGCAGCCUAGAAGACGCCCCACGACUACACCAAUCCGCGUGGAAAGAAGACGAGAGAACCGCCACCUUGCUAUCAUUGAUGGUAUGCGCAAGCUCGCUAGGAAGCGGGAGUCAACUGCACAUAAACAGGCAGAAUCGCAAAAGGCAGCGGCGCUCAGGAAGGCGCACGAGCCUGCGGCGCCAAAGAAUAACGUGCACACUCCGCAAGAGUUCAGCAAGCUCAAGUGGGAACGUGAAGAGAAGCUGAAGCAAAGGCAACUGCAACAGGAGAUGGCCGUUAGGAACCAGAUGGCUGCGCAGCGCCAAGCUCAGAUCAACGCACAGAACGGUGUGCCGAACGGUGCACCGCAGAUGCAGCGUAACGGCACACCCGGCGGCGUCAACUCCAACAUGUCCACACAAAUGGCCAAUAACCCUUCGCAACAAGCCCAGAGCGCGGCUGCGAUGGCGGCACGGGCUCAGCAAGGCCAGCAAGGUAUGCAGAACAACCUCGGUAACGCGAAUAUGGCCGGCAUGCCCAUGGGAACGCCAGGUGUUCCCCAGGCGCAAAUGCAGAGUAACAUGCAGAAUGGUCAGCGAAUGGGACCUCCAGACCAGAUGCGUAUGGCGAUGCAGCGGAACCAGUUCAACAGUCCCAACCAACAGCAACAGUUCCAGUUACAACACCAACAGAUCAAUAUGGCCAGCAACCUUGCCGCUCAGGGCAUGAACAUGAACAACAUGCCCAACGCAAACAUGAUGGCGCCAAUAGGCAACCAAAAUCUGAACGGAAACAUGAACGCGCCCAUGAAUGGCAUGUCGAACAAUGCGGGCUCCCCACGGGUACACCAGGCAACGCCCAACAUGCAGCGCCAGAAUGUACCCAAUGCGAGCGGCCAUGUUCCUCAGUACCUGCAACUGCAGAAUACGAUCAAAAUGCAGCAUCCGGACUGGACCAAUGAGCAGGUUCAGAAGUCGGCUUCUGAACAGCUCCAGCGAUACAUGGCUAAGCAGCGUGUACAAGCGAUGAAUGCCGCAGCAGGCUCUCCGGGAAUGUCGUCGCCAUCGCCGCAAAUGGCCAACAACCAGUUCAUGCAGCAAAACGGCGGCAUGGCUAGCAGCCCGCCUGUCAAUGCGGUCCAAAACUACCAGCAACAGCUGGUUCAACAACAACGACUAAUGAGCCAACAACGACAAACCUCACAACAGGCCGGCAGCCCGGGCAUGAAUGGGCGACCACCGAGCAGAAGCGCUACGCCACAAAACCUGCAGCAGAUGCAGCAAAGCCCCGGUCUCACGCAAGCCCAGCCCAACCGAACCUCCUGAACAGGCUACAGAUGACCUCUGCGAGGCAUCUCAUACCUUCGAUGUUUGUUUUGCACUGUAUAUAUUUUGUAAUGUUCUCCUUUCUGCCCUGGAUGAUGAGCGAGCGUGUAUUCAAAAGCCUGUCCAAGCGAUGCAAAGCGGUUGCAUCUCAUGGAGACAUGGUAGCACGGUGUUAGCGGCGUUUUAAGGCGCUGGGAGAUCGGUAUGGGUGGGUAGCGAUAGUGCGAGCGAUUGUUUGAUGGCCAAGAGGCCUGUAGAACUUUGAAUAUCACGAAAUUCUUCGGCACGUA